AUGGCGCCCUCGAAGUCUCAGUUUGCUACCCUCGACAAGAGCGGGAAGGAGAUCAAGACGGUCGGCUUCGAACGAUUCGGCUUCGACUGUGAAGUCCCCCUCGAUGUCGUCCGCUCGAUCUACCUGAACCCCCACUACGUGCGCAGCGCCAACUCUACCAGCCCGAAGCCUGGCGAGCAGUCGACCGAGGAUUCCAACUCGAAUGCGAUCUACUACCCCGAUACCCAGUCGAUCUCUUACACGACCCUGACGCGCUUUCCCCCGGUCAAGCUGUUGGCUCCGGAGAAGCGCAAGCGCGUGCUCGUCACAGGCGGAGCGGGCUUCGUGGGCUCGCACCUGGUUGACCGCCUAAUGCUCCUUGGGCAUGAGGUCACCGUGCUGGACAACUUCUUCACCGGCUCGAAGACGACUGUGGGUCAUUGGGUCGGGCACCCGAACUUCGAACUGGUUCGCCACGACGUGGUUGAGCCGUACAUGACGGAAUGCGACCAGAUUUACCACCUUGCAUGUCCCGCAUCUCCCCCUCAUUACCAGUUCAAUUCGAUUAAGACGGUCAAGACAUCGUUCAUGGGUACCCUGAACAUGCUGGGUCUUGCUAAGCGCACUAAGGCGCGCUUCCUGAUCACCAGCACGUCUGAGGUGUACGGUGACCCAGAGGUCCACCCGCAGCCUGAGGACUACUGGGGGCAUGUCAACCCCAUUGGUAUCCGUGCAUGUUAUGAUGAGGGUAAGCGUGUCGCUGAGACCCUCACGUACGGCUACCACCGUCAGAACGGUGUCGACGUGCGUGUCGCGCGGAUCUUCAAUACCUACGGCCCCCGUAUGAACCCACUUGAUGGGCGUGUCGUAUCUAACUUCAUCAUGCAAGCCCUCCGUGGUGAGGAUAUGACCAUAUACGGCGACGGAAAGCAGACGCGGUCGUUCCAGUUCAUCCACGACCUCGUUGACGGCCUUAUCGCGCUCAUGAACUCCGACGAGACGCGCCCGGUGAACAUCGGUAACUCGGAUGAGUUCACCAUCGGCGAGUUUGCCGAGCUCGUGCGCGAGAUUGUUGAGAAGGUCCAGCGCGAGGACGGCACACCCGCAAGGCACCGCGUGCAGAUCGUCUACAAGCCUAUGCCGCAGGACGACCCGCAGAAGCGCCGCCCGGACACAACGCGUGCACGGCAAGUGCUCGACUGGCAGCCGCGCUGGUCUGUGCGCAUGGGCCUGGAGGAGAUGGUGCGCUACUACAAGACAAAGAUGGAGGAGGGUAGCAUCUAGAUUCAUUUCCUGAACUCUCAUUGCUUCCGUAGGCUUCUGGACAUCUGUGGAAACGAAUAGACCCAAACGAAAACGUGCAUAUAUAAAUCCUCCCUUGUCUAUGUCGGAACCGCUAUUACUAUUUACAAACUUG